AUGAAGCAAGGAAUUAUCUUUAUCUGUUUGGUUAUUGUGAGAGUCAGCGGGAAUAUAAUGAUAAUUAACGAUCGCCAGCAAGAAAAUUCUUUAGGACGUCUGAAACGCAACGCGAGGGAAUUGGUUGAAAUGUGUUUCACGAAUAAUUCAAAUCCAGUGAUGAUCUCCGAGGACUUGCUCGACGAUAAUUGGAACCCUGCUAAAAAUUCGCUGAUUGUAAUCGACCGCAAAUUCAACAAACAGAUGACAGGUUUUCUACCCGCGUAUCCAACAUAUGUUCUUCCAUUUAAGUCGAUCGAUAGUUUAAAACCGGUCAUCGACAAUCUCCAAAGAUCAAAGUUUUGGAACAUAGGAUCACCGUUUCUGAUGGUCGGUACCGGGUCGCGUUGCUCCAGCCCCAAGAAAAUACUAGAGUUCAUGUGGAACCGAGACUUGCUCUCUGUUUAUUACCUGUGCGAGAAUAAAAAUUCGUCGGUAAUCUACAGGCUGAAUCCUUAUGCAAGCUACGCUCCAGCGCCCUGGAAGCUGAUUGAAAAAUUUGACGACAGUGGCAAAAAUCUAACUCUUUUCAGGCUCGAAUAUAUAAAAGACCUACUGAUUUGCAAGAGCAUCACCUUUGACAAGACAGAUCAUCUAGAGAAUGCAGAAAUAAAAUUUGUUCAAUUUAGCAAUGAUGAAAUUUUCUCAAAAGAGGAAAAUACAAAAUUUGCCGAACUCAUUAUAUCAGCUUUAAUAAAUGCCACGGCAGUAUUAGACAUUAUUCCUACUUCUGUAACGCAGCGAAGUGCCAUCCAAGAAUUUUUCGACAGCAGAUAUGACAUUAAUGACCGUUCCAUGUCGAUCGACGUCACUGACUAUGAGUACGUUGAUAUCAUUGCGGACUAUUCUUAUAAAGAUACAUUUUCAAUCCUGACCAAAAAGACUGAUUCUUUAACAGGGAUCAGCGAAAUAACCAACAAUAUACAGUUUGUAAUAGGAGCAAGCUUGCUUUUGAUCAUGUUUACAAUAGUGAUGGUGAUCAUCAACAGGGAUGACAUAGGUUUAGCUGUAAUGGAAAUGGCGAGGUUAGUUACUGGUAUGGCGCUUGAAACUCCACUAAAUCGUCUUGCGAUAAAGUUUAUCUUCUUCUUUGGUUUCCUGUUUGCAUUUCUGAUAGUUCCUGAUUGUCUGGGCAACAUAAUAGCCAUGUUAACGAAGCCUCCGAAGCGUAACGUCGAUACGCUGAGGGAUCUUUAUGAGAACAAGUUUCAUGUUUACUAUUGGGACGCAUUGGAGAGUGAUAUUAUGAAUGAACAACUGUGGGUCACUGAUGAAGACAAAAAAUAUCUUCAUCCAAUUCCUGAUCAUUAUGACUUACAGAACUGUGGUUUAGCCGUAAGAAAAAACUCGGCAACAGCUUGCGUUUUUUUUACACAUGUCUCACUAUUAUUAUCGAGAUUUGACGAUUCGUUGUACACUUCAACGGAGGCUAUCUUUAAGAAGCAAUUCGUUUUUUGGGCAAAAAAGAAUUGGCCCUUGAUGAGUAAGUUCAAUGAAAUGGCGCUGAAAGCUUCGGAACCACUACCAGGAUUCACCAGGAUUUUGCAUGGUGGUGGACAAUUCUGCGGUAACGAACAUUUAUCGCCAUUCUUGACGUAUCCUUUGUCACAUCGACAACCUGCUGUAUACUUAGUGCAUUGCUAA